CUCAUUAUACUGAAGGCUCUUAAAUGGGAACUUAGUCCCAUGACUGGAGUUGGUUGGUUAAAUCUUUAUCUUCAAGUCUCAGCUGUGCAAGACUCUCCUAAGCUGCUUCUACCACAGUAUCCACAGGAACAGUUCAUCCAAAUAGCACAGCUUCUAGAUCUCUGCAUUCUCCAUAUUACCUCUCUGGAUUUCCAGUAUAGAAUUCUGGCAGCUGCAGCUUUAUACCACUUUACUUCAAUGGAAGUAGUCGCAAAGGCAACAGGGCUGAAUUGGGAAAAUAUUUCUCAAUGUGUCUGCUGGAUGAGCCCCUUUGCGAGAGUGGUACAGAGCAACCCACCUGUGAAAUUGAAAGCAUUUAAGAAGGUUUCUGUAGAAGAUCGACACAACAUCCAAACUCACUUGAAUUACCUUGACCUGCUGGAAAAUGUCAUGGUGAAAGCUGAAGUAGUGGUGUUGGAAGAACCGGCUCAGCUGGCUGUUGCUGGCAUUCUAACUCCCCCCCAAAAGUACAGAGAAGACUCAGACUUUAUA